GACGGAUGGGCGGGGGGCUGGUUCCUCGUGCAGCCAAUAGAAGAGAAGAGCCUGAGAGUCAAAGCCAAAGAGAACAAGCGCUGGGCAGGGAUGCGGACCAGCAGAGGUGGGGCCCAUGUGAGGACAGGGCUGAGAAGGCUGGGCUGGCAACCAAGAGGUCUGGAAAAGCAGCAGAGCGAAGAGUUGCGAGGAAGUCGGCUCCCCGACGGCAUGUUUCCGGGAUGGGGCGUGGCCAACUGUCCGGCCGGCCCCCCCCUUUUCUGCCCCACCCCCAGGCAUCGCUUUUUCUAACGGGCAGCGCUGGCGGACGCUGCGCAAUUUUGCACUUGAAGCGCUGAAGAAGUUUGGGAUGGGUACGCGGAACGUCGAGGAGCGCGUCGUGGAGGAGGCGGCUUGUCUGGUUGAUGAAUUUCAAGCCACCACUGGUGCGGCCUGGCGGGAAAGGAGAGGGGCCUGGUGUGGGUGUGGCCAAUGGACAAGAAGGGGCCGCGGGAACUCGUUCGGGUGGAACGAGGCCAGUGAGCCCAAGACCUAGCGGGGGGCGGAGCAACAGCGUUAUGACCUGGCCCGUUCUCACUCCCAGGAGCCCCGUUCGACCCCAGGCAGCUGCUCGAUAAUGCUGUAUCUAAUGUUAUCUGUUCCGUGGUCUUCGGGACCCGCUAUGACUGUGGGGACCCGGAGUUCCUGAGGCUCCUGGACCUUUUCAAUGACAACUUCCGCAUCAUAAAUUCCGGAUGGGGCAAGGUGAGAGGGCUAGCCCAAUCUCUCGUGUGCCCGACCUAUGCCAAACCCCGAGUACAUAGACUUAACCUACACUGGAUCAUUAGAAUGGGGCAGUCUUCGAAUCUUGGAGUGUUAGAGCUCGAGAACUUAUAACAUCAAAGUCCUGGUCCAGUCUCCCCGUAGGGAAACUAGUGGUCUCGUUCAAGGUCCUAUUGAGAUCCUGUCCCCCUAGAUGUACAACAUUUCCCCCUGCCUCCUGGACUGGCUCCCGGGCCCGCACCACCGAAUCUUCCGAAACUUCGCGGAGCUUCGGGUCUUCAUUUCUAAGCAAAUCCAGCGGCACCGGCAGACGCGGCAGCCCGGGAAGGCCCGCGAUUUCAUCGAUUGCUUCCUGGAUGAGAUGGAUAAAGUACAGGCCCCUGCUGCCCUAAACUCCAUCCAUGCCACCCACCAGCAGGCGCCUGGCACGCGGCAGCGCCCGUCUUCUCUGCCCACAGGAACAGAAGGACCCGGAGAGCCAUUUUCAGGAGGAGACGUUGGUGAUGACCACGCACGACCUUUUCUUUGGCGGCACCGAGACCACGAGCAUCACUCUGCUCAAUGGCCUCCUCACUGGCCUCCUGCCCCCCACAGUCUCUCCUCUACAUGCAGUCAGAGGGACCCUGUGAACAUCUGA